AUGGCAUCCUCUCUCACUUCUCAGCAAUUUUCCAUGGCAGACACCAAAAAGAAGGGCGAAACACUUCAAAAAUACACAGAUUUGGUUCUAACUCUUCCCAGAGAGAAUGGUUGGGUCACUAAGGAGGUCAUAAAGUACCAAGAUACUUGGUUGACCUCAUCCAUUCUCAAAGGAGUCAUGUUGGUUCAACAACACUUCAUUGCUCUUCCCACUGAUAUCCUCUUAGCCACUUUCCCUAAAUGUGGCACCACAUGGCUUAAGGCCCUCAUUUUCGCAAUUACAAACCGAAAUGUUUUCGAUUUUGCCUCGCACCCUUUGCUCACCAAUGGGCCCCACGGUUGCGUCCCCUCCUUGGAAGCUCUGAUUCAAAACAACAAUGUUUCAACCCUCAGCCUUUCUUCGGCUCGCCUCCUCGCCACUCACAUCCCUUACCAUUUAUUACCUGCGUCCGUACCCUCUUCUGGGUGCCGGAUUGUUUACAUUUUUCGCAACCCUAAAGAUGUAUUCGUGUCAAGUUGGUACCAUAUGAAGAAGUUGAGAGGCAAGGAACUACCACCUCUUUCACUAGAAGAAGGUGUGGACAUGUUCUGUAAAGGGGUGUAUCACUUUGGACCCUAUUGGGAUCAUGUGUUAGGGUAUUGGAAUGCAAGCUUGGAAUCGCCCGAGAAGGUUCUGAUACUGACAUAUGAGGAUAUGAAGAAAGAUAUCUUCACUUGCGUUAAAAGAUUGGCUGAGUUCUUGGGUCAAACCUUUUCUUCAGAGGAAGAGAGAGAUGGUGUUGUUGAAGAUAUAGUGAAGUUAUGCAGUUUUGACAAUUUGAGUAAUUUGGAGGUGAACAAGACGGGGGUGCAACAAUUUACUGCCAAUAUUGCUAUCGAAAACAACGUCUUCUUUAGAAAGGGUGAGGUUGGAGACUGGCAGAACCAUCUCACAGAUGAGAUGGUGGCUCGUCUGAAUCAGAUCUCUGAGGAAAAGUUUGGUGGUACUAGUUUAAUGUCUCAUAUUAAGUCAUAGUCCUGACUCUUGUAAUUAUUAAUUUUUUUUUCUUUUCUUUUUAAUAAAGGGGAUGAUUCCCUCACCCACCUUAUGAAAUUAUGUGUUUUUUUUUAUUGGGUAAUUUAAUGGCUGUAUUUAUUAUGUUGAUGUGAUUGAAUUUAUUAUAAUUAUAUAUAUAUGCUACUGUAUUGGUAACCAUAUGAUGCACCUACAAUUUCAUAAAUAAGAACUUCUCAUCUGAAAUUGUUAUGCUCUCCUUGGUUUCAACCAUUGAUAUGCU